AUGCCUCGCGGGUAUACUUUUGGUAGGGCUGAAGAAGCCACUCACCCCGACUCUGCCAGGGCCACCUUGGCUGAGUUCCUCUCCACACUCGUCUUUGUUUUCGCCGGCGAAGGCUCCGUCCUUGCUCUUGCUAAGAUGUAUAAGGAUACUACUUUAGGAGCAUCAAGCCUGGUGGUCAUCGCUCUAGCCCACGCUCUGUCACUGUUUGCAGCAGUGGCUUCAAGUAUGAACGUCUCGGGCGGGCACGUCAAUCCUGCCGUCACUUUUGGCGCACUUGUGGGCGGGAGAGUCUCGGUGCUGCGUGCUAUUUACUACUGGAUUGCUCAACUUUUGGGUUCAGUUUUAGCUGCUAUCUUGUUGAGGCUAGCAACUGAUGGCUUGAGGCCCCGAGGAUUUUCCGUUGCAGAUGGAGUAGGAGAAUGGAACGCGUUGCUGAUGGAGAUAGUGUUGACAUUUGGACUGGUAUAUACUGUGUACGCGACUGCAAUCGAUCCAAAGAGAGGAAGCUUGGGCACCAUUGCUCCUCUUGCCAUUGCCUUCAUAGUUGGGGCUAAUGUGCUGGUCGGGGGGCCUUUCUCAGGAGCAUCGAUGAACCCUGCUCGUGCUUUCGGGCCAGCCCUGGUGGGAUGGAGGUGGAGAAACCACUGGGUCUACUGGUUGGGACCAUUCAUUGGUGCGGCCUUGGCGGGAGUUAUAUACGAGUUUGGAGUGAUACAAGCCGAUACCCCACACCACACACAUCACCAGCCUUUGACUCCAGAAGAUUACUAG